UUGCCUCCACGCCUCCCUCUCGACUUCCUGCACUGCCUUCUUGUCUGUUCCACCGCGCUAGUCUGUUCAAACGCGAGGACAGCAUGACAGGAGGACUGAAGGACGGCGAAACAGAGGAGGAGUUUCUGCAUUCGCCGUUCAUCCGAAAACAAGGGAACAUAUACAAACCCAACAAUAAGGACAUGGACAGCGACAGUCUGAACGAGAAGACGAUGGAGGACGUCCACACCAAGGAGAUCGACCUGGUCAACCGGGACCCCAAGCGCAUAAACGACGACGUCGUCAAGGUGGACUUUGAGGACGUGAUCGCCGAGCCUGCGGGGACCUACAGCUUCGACGGCGUGUGGAAAGCCAGCUUCACCACCUUCACCGUCACCAAGUACUGGUGCUACCGACUGCUGACGGCGCUGGUCGGCAUCCCCUUGGCACUAAUCUGGGGAAUAUUCUUCGCCAUCCUGUCCUUCCUGCACAUCUGGGCCGUGGUGCCGUGCGUCAAGAGCUACCUGAUCGAGAUCCACUGCGUCAGCCGCGUCUACUCCAUCUGCGUGCACACCUUCUGCGACCCGCUGUUCGAGGCUAUGGGCAAGUGCCUCAGCAGCAUCCACGUCCGCACGACCAAGGAGGUGUAGCCUCCAAAAGGAGGAGGAGGAGGAUUAAUGGAAAGAGGGGAGGGAGGAUGGGAGGGCCAGAGCGACACAGAUGGAGGGAACGGAAGAAGAAAAAAAUAGACCUCUGGAAAAGAAGAAGUGAGACGUUUCCAGAGCUGGGCGGGGGAUGUUUGGAGGUGAAGGGGCGAGGUCACGUGGCACCUGGCCCCGCCCUUUUCCACCUACAGUUUUUUCUCACCAGUGUUGACGUAACCAAACGGGUGGGCAGAGGAAAUCAAUGGGUCAUUCUCCUGGGUUUUUGUAGUUAUCUUGUUCGUGUUCCAUAGUUUUUUUUUUUUUUUUUUUUAACCUCACUCUUAACUUUGUCAAGCAAGCAACCGAGCUCCGUAUCUGUUUUCUGUUAAGUUUUGCCACGGGAUGUUAAGUCCUUCCAUUCUUACUGUUUCUGUGAAGAGCUUAUCGCUUUGAUUCGUGUGAAGAGGGGAUGUUAGAGUGUAUCACUGUCUUCUCUUGCGCUUGUUUGUGUUUGUUUUGGAGCCUCUAGGCAGGGCAGGAUGGUAGGAUAAUAAAGUUGGGAGGGUCAGAGCAGAGAGAAAGAAAGGCCGCUGCCAAAUUCUAUCUGACUAAGCAAAAACAGAACAACGCCACAAGCCGAUCAGCACAGCAACGCCCCUCCCACGGCCCCACACGACCUCCAACCCACCAAAAACAACCUCCAACCCCCCCCCUCUGCUCGGCUUUCCCGCAGUCUGACACACUGAACCUGCCCUGGUCCCUGCAUGCACCUGCGUGACCUUGCCAGCAACUCGCCGUCCACAACCGCCACGCCUGCCACACCACCUGAUGACGCAGGAAUGAUUUGCAUCUCAGCUCACCCGCUCUCUUCAUCGGCUUCUUGCUUCGCCUCCACUCCAAACGAAACUUUUCAGUGCAGGUUUCAGCACCGUCAUCCCCUUAAUCACAUGAGUGUGUGACAGAGAAUGUUAGCAUUUGAAUCUGACAAAAACUAUUGUUUUUUUGUUUUGUUUCGUUUUGUUCUGUUUUGUUUUUUAACUCCAAGUUAGACCUUUAAUUUUUCAGUGCAGCUCAACGCUUUUACAUGCACAUCAUCAUAAUUCCAUAGUGAAUGCUUUUUUUUUUCUACACUAUGAAAAUGAAGAACUCUGCGGGGUUAGUUUCAAUGCAAUCGUUUUGAUAUCCUAUAUGUACUGUAUGCGUGUUUAUGCAGAAGAGACUUUACAAGCUAUGGCCUCAUUCCAGUGCACUAAUCUAUGGAGAAGUAUUGUAAGUGAAUAGCACUGAUGAAAAUCUCCUUUCUAUAUAACUCAUUUGCAAAGGUAGUAGAGUACUAACAGUUACUUUUGCACACUUUGCACUUAGGACGUGCAGUUACGAGCGUGUGUGUGGAGGUUUUUUUGUUGCGCACUGUGGUACUUACGCAGGUUAAUGCAUUGGAAUAAAGACAAUGUGAGGUGGAAUGUGUGAUUCUGGAUGCAUUUUUCUUUGUUUUAUGGUCAUCAUUUUGCAGCCCCCCCCCCCUUUUUUUUGUCUUCUUCAUUUUAAUUUUGUUUUUAUUUCUUUCCUCUGAGGAGUUUGUUCUGCUGCCCUGCUUCUUGACUGUGGACACGAUGCUGAAAAGCAUCAAACUGACGCCUCCCACACCGGGGAUGGGCGGGGUUGGGGUUGGGG